AGGGCGGAUAAACCGGUAACUGCGCUUCGAAGGGGAGUGAGUUCUCACAGUCUGUUUGGAGCAAAAGGCAUGAGACUGAAUUUAUGAAAGCUUUCAGUCGUGUAUGAAGACAUCUUUCUUCUGUGACUUUGAAAUUUUUACUGUAUUUGUGAACUGCUGUUUGAGAAGCCUGUCAUGACUCUCCUGGAACCUGAGAUGUUAAUGAUGGCUGUCCAGUCAGUGCUGCAGUUGAAGCUCCAGCAGCGUCGGACACGGGAAGAACUGGUGAGCCAAGGGAUCAUGCCUCCUUUGAAAAGUCCAGCCGCGUUUCAUGAGCAGAGAAGGAGCUUGGAGCGGGCCAGGACGGAAGACUAUCUGAAAAGGAAGAUUCGCUCCCGGCCAGAGAGAUCAGAAUUGGUCAGGAUGCACAUUUUGGAAGAGACCUCGGCUGAGCCUUCACUCCAGGCCAAGCAGCUGAAGUUGAAGAGAGCCAGGCUGGCCGAUGACCUCAACGAGAAGAUCGCGCAGAGGCCUGGCCCCAUGGAGCUGGUCGAGAAGAACAUUCUGCCCGUGGAGUCCAGCUUGAAGGAAGCCAUCAUAGAGGGCCAGGUGAACUACCCGAAAGUCGCGGACAGCUCUUCCUUCGACGAGGACAGCAGCGACGCCUUAUCGCCCGAGCAGCCUGCCAGCCACGAGUCCCAGGGCUCGGCGCCGUCUCCGCUGGAAGCCCGAGCCAGCGAGCCGCUGCCCAGCGCCGCGUCCUCACCCCCCGCUCAGGUCGUCUCUCAACUCCCAGUGGGCCCAGAAUCCGGAGAAACACUCUUCCUGGCCGAACAGCCGCCUCUGCCUCCCAGCCUCACCAAUGGAACCGGAACCGGAACCACUGUCCCCGCUGCCAAGCCCACCCCCACACUCAUCAAGCAAAGCCAACCCAAGACUGCCAGCGAGAAGUCUCAGCGCAGCAAGAAAGCCAAGGAGCUGAAGCCAAAGGUGAAGAAGCUCAAGUACCACCAGUACAUCCCCCCGGACCAGAAGCAGGACAAGGGGGCGCCGCCCAUGGACUCCUCGUACGCCAAGAUCCUGCAGCAGCAGCAGCUCUUCCUGCAGCUCCAGAUCCUCAACCAGCAGCAGCAGCAGCACUACAACUACCAGACCAUCCUGCCCGCCCCCCCAAAGCCAGCGGCCGAGGCCCCUGUUGUGCGCAGCCUCUCGGCCACCAACAGCACCUCCAGUUCGGGGGCCCCCGGGCCCAGUGGGCUGGCCCGUCAGAACAGCAGCUCACUGACCGCCAAACCGGGCGCCCUGCCCGCCAACCUCGAUGACAUGAAGGUGGCAGAGCUGAAGCAGGAGCUGAAGCUGCGGUCCCUUCCUGUCUCGGGCACCAAGACGGACCUGAUUGAGCGCCUGCGUGCCUACCAAGACCAAGUCGGCCCUGCCUCCGGGGCCCCCAAAGCACCUGCCGCCACCUCCAUCCUGCCCAAGGCCGGCGAGGUGGUGGUAGCCUUCCCGGCGGCACGGCUGAGCACCGGGCCUGCCCUGGUGUCCACAGGCCUGGCUUCAGCCGAGGUGGUGGUGGCCACGGUGACCAGCAAUGGUGUGGUGAAGUUUGGCAGCACGGGCUCCACGCCCCCCGUGUCUCCCACCCCAUCAGAGCGCUCACUGCUCAGCACGGGUGACGAGAACUCCACACCGGGGGACACCUUUGGGGAGAUGGUGACGUCCCCCCUGACCCAGCUCACCCUGCAGGCCUCCCCACUCCAGAUCCUGGUGAAAGAGGAGGGGCCCCGGGCCGGGUCCUGCUGUCUGAGCCCCGGGGCACGCGCCGAGCUGGAGGGGCGCGACAAGGACCAGAUGCUGCAGGAGAAGGACAAACAGAUCGAGGAGCUGACGCGCAUGCUCCGGCAGAAGCAGCAGCUGGUGGAGUGGCUCCGGCUGCAGCUGGAGCAGGAGAAGCGGGCACAGCAGCCGGCCCCGGCCCCAGCCCCGGCCCCGGCCAGCCCCUCAGUGAAGCAGGAGAACAGCUUCUCCAGCUGCCAGCUGAGCCAGCCGCCGCCGGGCCCCGCGCACCCUUUCAGCCCCAGCCUGGGGGCCCCCACUGCCCACCCCUCGGAUGCUCACACCGGAGGCCCCCCGGCUGUGGUGGUGAAGCAAGAAGCAGUGCUGCCUGACCCUGAGCCGGCCCCUGCACCCCAGCUAAUUCUGGGCUCACAGGGCACCAGCCUUGGCAAGGGGAUCCCACCUCCCCCCAUCCUCACUGACGCCACAGGGACCCACCUGGUCCUCACUGUGACCUGUAAGGAUGCAGACAGCCCUGGCCCCCCCGGCGGGCCCUCCCAGCAGCCUUUGUCCCAGCCCGGGUCCCCAGCCCCUGGCCCACCAGCCCAGAUGGACCUGGAGCACCCACCACAGCCCCUCUUUGGGACCCCCACUUCUCUGCUAAAGAAGGAGCCACCGGGCUAUGAGGAAGCUGUGAGCCAACAACCCCGACAGCAGGUGAAGAAGGAAAACGGCUGCUCAAGCCAGCAGAUGGAUGACCUGUUUGAUAUUCUCAUUCAGAGCGGAGAGAUUUCAGCAGAUUUCAAGGAGCCAGGUAGAGAGAAAGCCACCUCCACAGAUGCCUGCAGUUCCCCCCUGGAUGCCCAGUCCACACCUUCUGCCGAGCAAUCCCAGGCCAUCCCGCCAUCGGGCUGGUCCAGCUUCCCUGGCCGUCUGGAGGACUUCCUAGAGAGCAGCACGGGGCUGCCCCUGCUGACUGCUGGGCACGAGGGGCCGGAGUCCCUCAUUGACGAACUCCACAGUCAGAUGCUGAGCAGCUCAGCCAUUCUGGACCAUCCUCCCUCACCCAUGGACACCUCGGAAUUGCACUUUGCCCCUGAGCCUAGCGGUGUAGGCCUGGACCUAGGUGAUGGCCACCUGGACAGCAUGGACUGGCUGGAGCUGUCAUCGGGUGGCCCUGUGCUGAGUCUGGCCCCGCUCAGCACCACAGCCCCCAGCCUCUUCUCCACGGACUUCCUGGACGGCCAUGACUUGCAGCUACACUGGGACUCCUGCUUGUAGCUCUUGGGGGCUGGCAGUUGGGGACCCUCAGGAACUCCUGCCUCCAUGUGGUCAUGAGUCCUGACAAUCACAGGCCUUGCUGUCCCCCUUCCUGGGAACUGAGGGCAGAGGGCGGGAUGCUACCAAGCAGCAGCUCUGGGUACCACCCUGGGGCUUUGGAGGCCUGGACGGGCCCGUUUCUAGUUGACCUCCUUUUGAGAGGUUGGGCGCGACCUGCGGUUUGGCUCAAGCAGGCAAGACCCAGGCCGAAUCUCUUUCCCCACUUUUCUUGCAAGGGAAGAAGCUAGGCCUCUACCUCCCCAUUCCCUGCCAUUAAUUAGGAGCUUGGAAAGGAUGACCAUUUAGAGGUUGGUGGCAAACAUUUUCUGUACAGUUGUACAUACAUAUUAUAUAUCGCCGUACAUACACAUAUAUAUAUACAUAUAUUUUUGGGAGCGGGAGGUGAACACAGCACACCCCACCCAUCACGUGUGUUUGACAUGUAGACACCAGGCCACAGCCUGUACCCCACCCGUCCUGCUUCCUGCUCCUUAUCAGUGCCAUGAGGGCAGAGGUGCCGCCAGGACCGGCCCUCCAGCCAUGGCUCCUCCUGGCCUCGCCCUGUUACUUGGAGCGAACUACGGAUGGCAUCACCAAUAGCAGUGCUGGCUGGGGGGAGCUGUGUGAACUUUUUAAAAUAAAAACAAAAACACUGGCUGGUCA